AUGGUCUCACGACGGCAAAUCCAGCACCUCCUAAUAGCCCCGACACAAAGCAGGUACACCACCGCGUAUGCCCUGUUCGACUCACUUUGGGAGGCUGGUAUCACAACAUGUUUUGUCAAUGUCGGAUCGGACCACCCCUCCAUCCUCGAGGCAAUUGUCAAAGGCAAGAGAGAGCGACCGGACUCAUGGCCUAAGCUCAUCACCUGCCCCUCCGAGAUAACCGCUAUUUCCAUGGCCGACGGCUAUGCGCGGGUUACAGGCAAACCCCAGGCCGUCCUCGUCCAUGUUGAUGUUGGCACUCAGGCGCUCGCCCACGGUCUGCACAAUGCGAGUGUCGGCCGCGUUCCCGUUCUCAUCCUUGCGGGCCUGGUUCCUUAUACUGAGUCUGGGGAGCUGCCUGGGUCGCGGACAGAGUAUAGUGAGAUCCACACGGGGCUUAACGUCAAGCAGAACAUGGCUCGCGCGCUCCAGUUUGCAAGCAGCUCGCCCAAGGGCCCGUCGUAUCUGGUCUGCGCCAGAGAGGUCCUAGCCCAGGAGAUCAAACCAUAUUCUUUAAACCUGAGCAGGUGGGUUCCGAUCGGAGAGACUGCUCUACCUCCCGACGCUGUUCGCGAUGUUGCGGAGGCAUUGGUAAACGCCGAACGUCCUCUCAUCAUCACAGGCUAUUCAGGCCGCGACCGUCGAACACCCGAAAUUCUCGCUGCCCUCGCAGACUCUAUUCCUGGGAUUCGUGUUCAUGACACAGGUGGUAGUGACGUCAACAUUCCUUUCUCUAACAUCGCUUCCGAGGGCUUCCGACUCGGUGUAGACGAGUGUACCCAGGACGCCGAUGUCAUCUUGCUUCUGGACUGUGACGUGCCUUGGAUCCCAUCGCGCAAUCCACCGUCGGCUGACGCCCGCAUCUAUCACAUUGAUAUUGACCCCCUCAAACAGCAUUACCCGGUGUCUUUCUACCCUGCCAACGGUCGCUGGAAGGCCGAUAGUUUCACUGCACUCACGCAAUUGGUCAAUCACGUCAAGAACGACACUGCACUUGUGGAAAAACUCCAGAAUCCCGUCUAUAUUGAUCGUCGAGAUGCACGUGCUCAGGCACACCAAGCACGAAUGGACGAAAUCGCAUCUCGACCUCGCCUAGGUGAUGAUGUGCCCUUGGAUUUCGACAACAUUGGCCAGCUUCUCAAGUCCGUACUUCCGGAAUCCACGAACUUUGUCAUCGAAGCGGUCACAGCUUCCCAUGCUCUUCACGACCAACUCCAGCCAACACGGCCAGGGAGCUGGAUCAACUGCGGCGCAACAGGAAUCGGAUGGAGCAACGGUGCAGCACUCGGUGUCAGAAUGGCUGUGACAGAUACAGAGGCCCAGGAUGGACAAGACACCCAGCACCAAGGAGGUUUAGUGUGCCAGGUUGUCGGCGACGGGAGCUUCAUGUGCGCGGCGCCGUCAAGCGCGCUGUGGGUAGGCUCCAAGUAUCAAAUUCCGAUCUUGACGGUUGUGUUGAACAAUGGAGGCUGGAAAGCACCCCGGAACUCUGUGAAGCUUGUCUACCCUGACGGUCUGGGUGCGUCAGCUACCGAUGACGAAAUCAACACUGGGAUCCGACCAAGUCCAAACUACGCCGCAUUAGCAGAGGCUGCCGCCGGGUCGGAGGUCGGCUGGACAAACGAGAUAAAAGAUCCUCAAGGUUGGAUGAAAGGUGUUAGAGUUCGGACGGUAGGAGAACUGAAGAAAGCACUUACGUCGGCGGUGACUAGGCUUUCCGCAGAUAAAAAGUCAAUGCUCAUUGAGGUGUUGCUUUAG